AAGCGGUUCCCUUAAAAAAAAUAAAGCUACGUAACUAAAUCCAGCGAUGCCCCGGCGGAACCUCUGUCCCAUCCUGGGAGAACUGUGCCACGCGUCGGAUUUUGAAGAGCCGAACCUGUUCUGCAAAUGGAGCGUCCAGUUCGGGUCCAGUUGGAAAGUGAUUGAGGGUCACUGCGAGGGACAGAGUGUCGCCAACACGGCCCGCGUCGAUCCUCGGCGGUCCAACUUUGGAACUCCGCUCGAUUUGCACCUGGCCUGCCGCGGAAUCCAGGUUUGGCCAAAGCUGCACGUGGAACUGAUUGCGCUGAACUCGUUCGACAACUUUUGGCCAGUCGGGUACGGCUUUGCGUUUCUGCCGACCCAACCGGGGCUGCACUGGAUCCGGAUGGCUACGUGGAAAGUUUCGUCGGCCAACUCGAAAUCAAUUUCCGAUCGGUUCCCGGCACAAAACUUACCUUGCCACUUCCCACAAUUUAAAAAUUAACAGCAGCACCACGGAACACAAACUCACAGCCGCGAAAUUAUUUUGACAUUGACAUGUCAAAACGUGAAUCACAAUUCUUGAACUAAAAAAAUACUAAAAUUUAGGAAUUUUUAAGAAGUACUUCAAUGUUCUAAAAAAAUCCUAAAUUUUAGGAAGAAAAAAUUACUAAUUUUUAGGUAUAAUUUGACAAGCUAGAACAUAAGUUAAAAAAAUACUAAAAAUUAGGAAUUUAUACCUAAUGUCCGUUUUGCGUGUGUGGCUUCAACGAUGACACGGAGAGCCCGGUGCAGACUGUGCCGGCCGUCAUCGAGACCACCACCAGCUAUCCGUGGCCAACGAUCGUUCUGACUACGGCCGGCGGUGAUGACGAGAGUGUCGUUUCGAGAAACCCAUCGGACAGGCCUGGUUCUUCUUCCACAACUUCGGGCAGACCCGGAUCGGACAAGCCAAACGACAACGGAGAACCGUUGCUGACUCCUCCGACCGCUCCGGGCACCAUCUAUCCGGUGCGGCGUGGGGUUGCUGGAGUCACGCCGUCGAUUGGACAGGUUGAGCAACGUUACGGGUGCCUGACUAUGAAAUCAGUUGAUAAAACUCGUGAAGUGAUUCGUCGAGGAUGCGUUCAACUUAGCCUUCAAAGGGAAGACAUUUGCAAGUCUGAUUCCUCUAAAUCUGAACAACAGUGUGAAGUUUGCUCGAGUCAUCUCUGCAAUAAUUAAAUAAAAAUGGUUUUACCUUAUUUUAAGUGACGACAAGGCUGUGUGUAAAUAAA